AUGGAGCCCCUCGGCCUCAUCCUCCUCCUCCUCCUGCUGCCCCCCGGCCGGCCCCACCCCGGGCGGAUUUUGGGGGGCUCCGAGUGCCCCCCCAAAGAGCACGCGGGGCUCGUGCGGCUCUUCCAGUUCGACCAGUUCGUGUGCGGGGGGGCCCUGCUGAGCCCCCAGUGGGUGCUGAGCGCCGCCCACUGCCGGGCCAGCCACCUGCAGGUGCGCGCAGGUGAGCACAGCCUGGCCCAGGUGAGCGGCCACGAGCAGUUCGCCGCCGCCGUGGAGCUCGUGGUGCACCCGGACUUCGGCAAAGCCGCGGGAAAUCCCCCAAAUUUCGGCGAUUUUGGGAAAUCCGGGAAUUUUUCCGGGAAUCCCGGGAAUCCCGAGGAGUUUUUUGGGAAUUUUUUGGGGGAUUUUUUGGAGGAUUCCGGCCGCUCCCACGACCUGAUGCUGCUGAGGGUGGAGCCGCCCUUCACCUGCGGGCCGCGGGUGAGGCCCCUCCCCCUGGCCGAGGCCACGCCCACCCCCGGCUCCACCUGCACCGUGAUGGGCUGGGGCAGCACCAGCAGCCCCGAGGAGUCGUACCCAGACGUCCCCCAGUGCCUCAAUGUCACCGUGCUCGGGGACAGCGCCUGCAGCGCGGCCUACGGGGCGCAGGUGACAGCGGACAUGCUGUGCGCAGGUGUGCCCGAGGGCGGCAAGGACUCCUGCCAGGUGCGGCGUCGCGGUUGCACCUGGGCCCAGCUCCUGCCGGCCAGUCCGGUGUCCUGGGGCGGUCACCCCUGUGGUCAGCCCGGCCAGCCGGGGGUCUACGCCCGCGUCCAGCCCGCCCUGGCCUGGAUCCGAGAGGUCACCGGAGUGACCGCUGACCCCUCCUGUGACCCCGAGUGA